GUGAGAAAAAAAUUACUACAUCCAUCCACAUCUCCCAGCCCUUCAGUUUCAAAGACCACGACGACACUAUUGGACGUGUUCCUUCGAAUCAUACCAAGAAAGCUUGUUUGAUAUUUCAACGUAUUUCGCGUGAACCUCAUCAGAGAAAAAACCGAGCUACUCUGCUAUGGCAAAAGGAGAGGGUGGUGAACAGUACUCCAAUGCCAGUUUAUUGAAUAAACCGGUCAGCUCGGAUGGCAUCACGCUUGCCAAGAAGGUAUGUUAUUUCAUUCAUUUUUAAUCUAAAAAAAGGAGCUUUGACAGUGGAUUUGUGUGUAGAUCGUCUCAUUAGGCGGAACUAGUCGAGGGCUUUUUUUUCUCAGGGGAGUGGGUUUGGCACGUUUGAAUAAAUUGAACACACCGGUAAAUUGACAUUGUCGAGGGUUGAAUCACAGACGUUAGUAGUCAAGCGCGCGUGGCUCAUUGUGACAUUUUUAAACAGGAACCAGCCGAAACAGGUGUCCACACUGACUCAUUUCAUUAGUGAAUUUCUCAAAUAUGUGGUAGAAAUCUUAACCUGUCAGUCUUGAAAGGUGAAGACACUAAUACUUGAGCUUAACAGAGCCUGGGCAAGCCCUUUCCCUCUUCUCUUAGUAAUACUUUCAUUCUUCAAUGGUCAAAUUAGAUGCAGGCUACGGCUUAUCGACGGUUUGAGAUAUGGAGAGAUGGGCUGCGUUUGGUAGAGAUGUUUAAAGACAAAUUAAAGAGAUUUUAAUAGGCUGUAAGCUUCGUACAGAUGAAUUGAAACCGAGAAAAUGCUAUUUUUAAAUGUCUUUUUUCUCAAACGAGGUCCUUUCAAAGCAGCAUCAGACUAAGCUCGCGAAAUUGGAUAUAUAAUACGCAGCGAUUUUUCAUUUCCGCUUUAUUUAAACAAAUUAGAUAAAAUUAGCAGUCACACAGACGUUUUCGACAUGUAGCUGCAUGCUGGAUCUUGACUAACAUUUCAUUCUCAAAUCAGUUUCAUCAGCUAUUCAGCCACCGAAUAUCCAUGUGAUGCGUUCAGGGCCCAACUGAAGUGCGCAAAAAUGAAGAAAGAUUGUUUAAGGUUUCACUAUUAUUUCACAGAUAAACCAGUUUUAUUGAAAUACUAGCAAAAAAUGCAAGUUUUUUUUAGACAUUUUUUUAUCUGCAGAAAAAAUCUGACAUUGUUUGCGCUGGGGGCUAAACUUGCACAAGCUUUUCCUUUUCUAUCUCGUGUUCAUGUAAUCUUUCUAUCACCGAAAUUCCUCCCCUGUGUAUAAAAAUCGAAUCACUUGAUAUUUCGAAGCUGUAGCGAGUAUUCCUUUGUGCCCGAUGGCAUUGAAUGCAGCAGGAAGCCCCUUCCAAGGCAACGUGUCACACCCAGAGGAGCAGGCACACAUUAUAAUGGCACCAAUAAAUGGGAAUUUUGACAUUUACAUCUCUACCUAUGCUCCCCUUUCUUUUGGGAUUGUCCAAAUCUAUCAUUUGAGCAUGAAAUUACAUUGGUGGCAUGGUAGUUAUUGAAAACCCAACAGUUGUAGGUUUAUCUUUUCCCCAAGCAUGUUAUCAGUCUGCAGUGGUGGUAUAUCAUUACUGGCAGCACUAAUAACAGAACCAAGAUGCUUCAGGGAGGAGGAAGUUCUCGUUUCAGUUUCACACAGCACUGUUAAGCAUCUUCAUUGAAUACUGAGAUCAUGCUGUUUUUGGAGAAGGCAUCAGAAACACUUUCAUUCUUUUGUAACUGAUUAAAUUAUAAUAGACAUCACAAAGAGGAGUACUCACAUGCUUAGGUGUGAAGCCCUUCAUUCAUUGUUUAGCAAUACAUUCCUAAGUUUGACCCAAAGCUGAUACACUCACUGCAAAACCAUGUUAAAACAAGGAGGGGCAAACUUGUCAAUGAUUGUAUGUAUACAGGUAGAACCUGAACCUGUACCUGUAAAACACACUCAAGUGCCCAGUCUUUUCACAGUUAAUAGUCGUGUUUGACUUGAUGGAUUAUGUUCAUCACAUACCUGGGUCACGUUGAAGACCUCGCAUCCAAGUCCAUGGUGACUUGACCCAGAUCACUUAAUAGUCAAAGAGUUGUACUGCCAACCAUUGUGGUCUGACCCUGAACUUCAGAUAAUUCCCUUUAACGGAGCAGGUUUCUUGUUUCUGCCACAGAGGGAUUUGUCACCUAAACAAAAGGCAGGUUGGCUGACAUGACAGAGAGCUUGUUCAUUCACAAAGAUGCUUUGUGUGAUGGUCUGAUUUAAUAUGGGGAAGUGUUUGUUUUCUUAUCACUGACAUAUACCUGGGAAACACUAAACAAACCUCCAGUAUCAGGCCAUUUUCAUAAGCUACUGUUGAUUUUUUUAAAACAGCUUUUGUUUAAGUUGAUUAAUGUAGCCUUUUCUUCAUUUAAUACACAGAACUUGAUUGGUCAGGGAGGAGGGUGUGUUUUCAUUUGUCUGUGGUCAAACUGGAGGGCUUCGCUUUGGACACCGAGUUGUUUCUAAGGGCUGCCAAAGUGCUGUCACCCAGGCUUUUUGGUGUGUGUGACACCAUGGUGAGGCUAUGCCCUGGCACCACUUUGUAAAGAUUUGUAUUUCUUUUACUAGAGUUGUUUAGAGUCUCUGUUAAGGAAAUUAUCACAUCUUCAGUGAAGAAAAUGUGGCAGAAUGAGCACUUGUCAGAAAACCAAAGGGCUCUUGUUCUCGGUGGCUGUCCCCUGUCGUCUGCCAACUACCCUGCAUGAUAGUUGGCUUUUUCAGGCAGUUAGUCUCUUCUAAAGACUCUCUGAUGAUGAAGAAAUCAGACCAGAUUUCUUGCAGGGCAGUACAAGUAAAGUCCUGUCAAGAAAUGGGGUGAUAGUGGAAAAAUAAAGGAACUAAAGGCUUAGAGAGAAGAAAAUAACCUUUGAAUUGUUCUUGAAUUUCUGACUGUAUGCGUAGGAUCUAUCACUACUCUCAAAAUCAGCCAAAGUCAUCCCAUCCAGGGAAUACAAAUCUGUGUUUUCUACUAGGCAGUAUAUUCUUCAUGAAUACAGAAGGUAUUUUGUCUGCACUUGUCUUGAAACUCUUUGUCUUUGUUCACCUUUAGGGUAAAAGUCUGAAUUAUGAUUAACAGUUUUACCUCUAUUUUUAUCUCUUUUUCUUUUCUCUCAGCGUGAGCAUCGGAACAGGUUAUCAAUCUGCAACAAGUUGUGCUAUGCAAUCGGUGGAGCACCCUACCAGAUCACAGGAUGUGCCUUGGGAUUUUUUCUGCAGAUCUAUCUACUGGAUGUAGCUCAGGUGAGUUGUUUAAGAUUAUUACCAAGAAAAUCUAAAAUUACACCUACCUUGAAAUUAGGUGACACUUUCACACCGUACACCUAAAUUUAGUUAACCUGCCACCCUUUAAGGACAAGCUCCCCAAGGAAUGAGAACACACUGUACUCCUGCCACUAUGUCUUCUGUUCUCCAUGUGUCCUGCCAUAUAAUUUGUGCUGGUAUUUACAAGCUGCAGACAAGUAACUGUACAUGAUCCUUUCUGUGCCCCCGAAUCACCUCUCCCAUAAGGGGGCACACACAGGACAUUGUGACCACCAAAGCUUGCUCACAAAGGGGACGAUUAUCCUGGAAAAAUGAAGAGGUGGACAAAGUUUCCAUAAUUGACUCCAUGAUGUGGCUCAGCUGUAUCAAAAGGCUUAAAUGGCUUUUUCUGAAUAAUAUGUCGGGAGGGGGGCUUGGUGGUAGCACGACAAGGAGGGGCUCGUUUUAAUAGGCUCUGACACUAAUCUGAUGUUAAGGCCAAAAUAGCGUGUAAGUCAACAGCUUCCCAGGGGUUGCGCUUUGUCCAGCUACCAAGAUGGUUGAUUAAGAGUCUAUUGGCCGACGCAGCGUGGCGCAUUGUACAGUCAGGAGUUAGGUAUUCUUCAUGCCUGGUCUGCAGUGGCUCCAGUCAAGCCUGUCUCAACACAGAGGAUAGUGGAUGGGGUGAUCUGCCGAGUGGCACCUUUGCUGUUUGACUUUAUCCUAGUUAAACACUACGUGUUUGACUGUUGACUUAAAACAAGUCAAUAUCUAAAUGUCACCAAGUGAGAUUAUGUAAUGUCAAGUAUAAGGUCCUGUUUUAAAGCAAUAAUGCAUCUUUACAGAAAAGCUUAACGGAGGGCUGCAGAAGUCUCAUGUUUACAGAAACAAUCAACAAAUUGUAAAUUUCUUGAAAAAACUACACAUGCUCAGUGGUUUCACUUUCAGCACUGGGUAAAAAUGAACAUUUGAGCUACCACAUGAAGCUGAGGGUACGCUGACUUUUUACAUUCCUGUUUUUUUUGGCGAUCAGAUGAGGCUCCAGUUAAGUUUCAGCAAACAAAGUAAAGUGGCAAAUGACAGCUUUUUCAUAGACCUUGUAACUGUAUAUAUUGAAUCAAGUUCUUGAAGUAACAUUACAGUAGUUAAGGCAGAGGAAACUUCACUUGAGUCGUCUUGAUCAACAAUAAUUUACCUUAAACUUCAGUUUAAAGUAUUUCUUCAUAUUUUCAUACAGUCAGGUAGUGUCUCAGUGGGACUAAUCGUCUUGUCUUUUCUAUUUCAGCUUGAUCCCUUCUACGCCUCCAUCAUCUUGUUUGUGGGCCGAGCAUGGGAUGCUGUAACAGACCCCACAGUGGGCUUCCUGGUCUCCCGAAGCCCCUGGACCCGUUUUGGACGUAUGCUGCCCUGGUAGGUUGAACUUACAACUCUGCAGUAGAAACAGUUUGUUUUUAUAUUUUGAGGUAAAGUUGGGUAAAAGUUGGAUUAUCUCAGACUGUUUCCAUUACCAAGUUGAUAAGCUCUGUUACAUCACCGUGCCUGAUGUCACUUAUUUACUGUCAGAGGGGUUCACUGGGGGGGUGACACUAUCAGCCUCAGUGAGUCAGAGCUGUGAGAGGAUAUUGUCCAAUCAAAGUGCGCUCUACAUGUGUCAUUGUUUGGGGGCGGGGCUUAUUGUGUUUGAAUUCUUCCAUCUCCCCUAGAGGGGUUACUGCGGGACAUGCUGAUGCAAUUACUGCUACACCACUUCCUCAUGGCCAACACAUGCCUCCAUGUGUCCAUUCAAGGACUGACCCCCCCUCUCUUGCUUAAACACACACACAAAUCCUGAACUGCUGCUGCUGUGCAUAUAGACCAAAACAUAUACAGUCUGCUGAAGAAUGCCUUGAGCUGAAAAAGUCCAGGCUGGUCCACUAAAGCCAAACUGUGAGGGAAUUUUUUUUUUCUUUUUUCUAAACAAAUUUAGGAGGACCCUGUAGGUGCUGGUCCUGCACGUUUCCCACAGCGUGGCCUUUAGCAUGGCAAUGACAAAUAUAACUCCUCCCUGCUACAAGUCAGCUCCUCUUGGCAAGCAGUUAAACACCGAGAGUUAAAUCUAUCUGCUGAGAUAUAAGGAUAUUCUUAUUUGGAAAAAAGGCAGAACCUAAAAUAACAUUACACUUAAUAUUUUGUUGUUCUUUUCAAUUUUGUCUCUUCUGCCUCUGACUGACCCUGCAGCAAAAUGAGUGUUCAAAUGCCGCUUGCAUCUAUGUGUGUGGGUGGUGACAAUGCAGACGGAGUGGGGCGCUUAAAUCGCUUUAGGCCUUUUUUUUUCUCGGAGAGGUUACUGACCCCUUUCUUUAGGCCACCAUGUCCCCUCCCCCAAAUAAAUGCCUCUGUCUUUUAGCAACCUACAUGCCUUUUAUUUCAGUUUUCUUCAUAUUGAAUGGCCAUCUAACAUCUAACAGGGCCCCUGUGUUAUCAAAAACUGCAGAUCUUGCAAAACCUGAAGAGUGUUUAAAAGUUUUGAGUAACACUAUUACGUGAGCGAAGUAUAGGGUGUCGGAGGAAGCUGCUGGUUAUAGAUACGGUCUCCUUUCAUUGCAGAAGACAUUUAAGAACUACUAUCCCCUCCGCUAUUUUGGCGCAUGCCGAGCUUUAUUUGGUGCGCAGGCUAAAAGGUGAGAGUUACUGACACUUUGACAAGACAAGGGAAAGGUCCCAGAGGUUUCCAGGCAGCUUGUGUAAUGAGCACCACAGAGAGAUGCAAGGCCCAGUGCCACACCAGCUUAUUAACUCUCCCUGGUUGCUUUUGAAUCGUGUUAAAAUUGGGGCACAACUGGGAUGAACCAAACCACAAGUGUGUCUUAUGGGCCACACUUAUGUUCCUAAUGUUCCCCUGGCUGAUAAUGCAUGGAGGACCCCUGCAAAAUUAAUUGAAUUACGGUAUUUAAAGUCAAGAGCUUCCUGUUCUGUUGGUGGUUUGGACUUUCUGAAACGGCCACAUAUGAACAUCUGCAAAAUGUGGCAGCCACAGAUCAUUUGUGCUGCUUUUGCUCUCGGUCAUACUCAAAAAAUCCAGUACUAGGAACAAUUUCAUCAUAGGGAAUAACCCAAUGAGGUUAGAGGUAGUAUACCAUUACUCCCAUUUCCCGCAGACAUCACAAUGCUGAUGUCUGGAUGUAUAAAGUGGGUCAUGCCUGGUUCAGCCCCUGCAAAGCCACAUACGUCUCAUCCGUUCAUUGUCAGAGAUUGGAUGUGGAUUGUUGGUGGGUGGGUGGGUGAGUUGGGGGGCUGUCAGUGGAGGACAGGAUGCAGGAAUGAUUGGCAUGUUCGGUCACAUUAUAGUCCUUUCAGUCGUAAAGAUGUGAGGAAAUGAGUGCGGUGCCUGAGAGAGCUGUGGGAGCAGCAGAGGGGCGGGCCCUUUUUUUCUGCUCCGUCUUUAAGGUUCCCUGUGCAGGGAGAGGGGGGAGGGGAGAGAAAAGUCAGGCUAGCUUCUCAUUGGUCCAGCCCACAACACACCACAUAUGUGAGCCAAUGAGCAAAGAGCUCUUGGCUAUGAAACCCCUGGUAGUUUUUUUUAAAGACUGACUGAGGAAUCCGGGAGGUUACUGGAGUUCAAGUUGCGAAGCGGGGUAGAAUGAGAUCGACUGAUGUUGCAGAAGCUGUCUGAAAUGACAGUCUGCUCACUUCCUGCCGAUAACUUCAACAUGAAUUAACAUAGUUUCAUCAGACACUGACUGCUGAUGCUAGAUUAUGCAAAACUCAUCUGAAAUAGUCUUUUUGUCUAUUUGUGCAUGUGUAGUUUUUUUUUCAUCAUACUGAUCAGGUGAUUUUCUUUCAGCACUUAAAGCUCAAAUAUUUUAAAGAAUUUUCAAAGCAGAUGAAUGUGAUUUCAGGGUUUCAGAGAAAGAAUACAGACCUGCUUGUUAACUGUAAUUACAGCUGCCCAGCCCACGGAUGUCUGCCAAAACAUGGAUUUGGCACGUUUCUGUCUGCAAAUAUAAGCAAGCUUUCACAGUUAAUAGGGACUAGACUGAAGCUGUCACCUUACAAGUUACUUGCAGGGUUUAAACUCACUUCUCCUGUGUCAGCAUGCCUAUUUCAGGGGACAUUUAAAUACACUGUAAUUCUGGGAGGGGAACCAGACUGGUACUUCUAUGGUGUACAGUGUCACUGCAGCGCUGCAAGUACAGUGCAAGAUUCCGCCUCGCCUUAAAAGUGUACAGUAGAAAAAAAGCUGAUGUGACAAGAAAGUAGUAGGGGUUUUCUUUGCCAAAUUAGAAGAAAAAAAAUGCUUGUUAGAUUAAGGUGUCGGUCUUGCAAAGCACAGAUGAAACAUGCCGUGAAAAAGCAUUCCUGUGUGUUGUGCCAUAUGUUGAUAAAACACCUGCUUUGACUUGUUUGCCACUCCCACGCUGUCUUUACACAAGUGUACAGUUAAUCACAACAUGCAGGAGAGAGUCUGCUGAUUCUUGCUCCACCCAAAAAACUUUCUCUGUAAAGCACAAACUGUUCAUCAUCAGUUUGUCUGUGGAAACAUGAAUGAUUUAUGAGGAUAAUCUGCUCACUUAGAGACCACUUUUACCUCAUAUUGAUAGAAGUUGUAUUGUUUUGUUUUAUUCUUGUAUUAUUUACAUAUAAGACAAAAACGUGCACUUUUUUAUGAUUCCUUCUGAUGAAUUUUUGACCUCAUGUCCUGCCUCCUGGUGAGGAUGAAUCACAUGAUGUUAAAGUGAUAAGCUAUUCCCGUUAAGAUUAAGACCAGCACAUCACUUCCUGCUUUACAAAUCAGGUGCUUACCUCAGAGGGUUUGGUCACUUUCAUCUCAUUCCUGAUUGGACUGCGUCUAUCUCACCAUACGUACAAGGAAAUGCGUGGGCAGGAAGCGACUGAAGGAAUUCUCUUCCUGUGGUUUUCCUCCGAAAAUGAUAUCAUAGGGAGUGAAUCAUACGAGGAAGAGGAGGAAAAGUACCAGCUUGCACAGAUGUAUGUGCACAACUAAAAGGACUUGUUCUUAUUUCAGGGUUCCUACACAAGAAUGAAAGUAUGGGAAAAUAUGGAAAUGAAUUUGAUCAAUUUCCAGGCCUUAAAAAGUAUAGAAAAUUAAAAAUAAACUAUGGAAAUAUAUUUAAGUUUCCAGACUAUUACCACAGUUCUAAAAUGCUGUUUUCUAAAAUAGAAAAAUAGGUAUUUCCAAAAAUAAUCCAAAAACAUAGGGUAUAGAAAAGUAUUAAAAAUUCCAACUGUGUAGGAACUCUGUUGUUUGUUUGAAUAUUUGACUCUUAAAGCAUCGCUCCAUGAAUCCAUUUUUAUGCUACAGAAGUUGUUUCAAUAGAUGAGACAGUUUCUACUGAUGCUUCUCAGCAUUCCUCUGUGUUCAUCCUCCCAUAACCGCCCCCUUACAUUCAUCUAUGAUAUAAUCUUAACCUGUUUCAAGCAUGUGAACGCCGGGAACACCGUGUUGUCCUCAUUGAUGAUCAUUGGUGCAAAAUGAUUAACUGAAGUGAAACAGCGAACAAUGCUGAGCUGUGGAAAAAAAGCCCAAACUGAAUGAAAGAUGCUCCCAACUGGUCACAAUUUGUUAUGUAAUGUGUGGCCCCCUCUCCUCAUUGAAACAGCUGAUUGUUUACCGCCUGAGAGUGUUUCAUGCUUGAGCGGGAUCACGUUUUCGUACACUGAUGUUGUCGCUUCUUUCUCUUCUUUGUCUGAAAGGAUCGUGCUCUCGACCCCUCUGGCUGUGCUUUCCUAUUUCCUCAUUUGGUACGUUCCCCCCUUUGAGGACGGCAAAGUCAUCUGGUACCUUUUCUUCUACUGCAUCUUCCAGACGCUGCAGACUGUGAGUACCACAUGCACUCCCACACGGACAGACACUCCCAGUGAUCAUAAAGAUGUCUAAACGUGCCACACAAAUGUUUCUCAACCAAGAUUGCACAACAUUUACCAACCUUCAGUGACUCCUUAAUUGCAUGUUUUAGAAUUGAAGCAUCAUGAUGGGGUCAGUUAUUACAUGUUUUCAAUAAUUCAAGAGUGGCUGUAAUUCCAAAAUAUAUCAGUAUGUUUCAUUGAAAAAGGAUAGACGAAAUGUUCUAUAAUUGAAAAUAUGAGCUUGAAAAGAUUUGAGGAAUAUUUGAAGGGAACAUCUUCUGAAGGUGAAGUCAGCAGGCCACACAUGGUUUAAUUCUCAGUAUGAACAAAGGCCAAACCAGCUUGGUCACAACUCUACAAAUGCAUUUCACAGGCAUGAAAGCCAGGCACUCCUUCCACUUUUGUAUUUUUCCAAAGGUGCUACAUAAACUACAAUCAUAAUUAGGCUUUUGAAUCUCUGCAAAAACCAUAAAGUGAAAUGAAAGGCUGCAUUUCUUUCUCACAUUGUUCCUCUUUGUGUUUGUGCUUCAGUGCUUCCAUGUGCCGUACUCCGCCCUCACGAUGUUCAUCAGCUCAGAGCAGAAAGAAAGGGACUCAGCCACCGCUUACAGUGAGUAUAGAUGGCGAGACCGUCAUGGUGAUUUUUAAAGUCUCCCCCGUGGACGUAUCAGGUGUGAACCCCUCCACCACUAAACCUUUCCAAUGUCCUUUCAGGGAUGACUGUGGAGGUUCUGGGCACAGUUGUUGGUACAGCCAUCCAGGGACAGAUCGUGGGUAUGGCGAACGCUCCCUGCCUCCCAGGACCUGGCGACAUCGUAGCAGACCUGAACACCACGUCAAUGUUCGUCCAUCCAGUCAAUGAGUCCGAGCCUGUCAUUUCAUUGGAGCAUACGGUAAAAACAGAUCCAUAUCCUUCAUUUGAAAGGCCUUUUCUUAUAAGUUCCUGUUUUUCUUUUUAGUCUCCUGUGCUAAAUAUAGUCUUGUUGUUUCUUUCCCUCCUUGCAGAGAACGGCCUACAUGAUUGCUUCUGGUGUCAUCUGCUUGAUCUAUAUCCUCUGUGCGAUUGUUCUCUUUUUCGGAGUGAGGGAGAAAAAAGGUAAGGCUCUAUAAUCUGUUUUCCAGACUGUCUCUGGCCUACAAAUGAAAUGUUUACUCCUGUGAUGCCUCAUUUUGACCGAUUAGAUGCAAAAAUGAGGGGAAAACACAACCUGAGAUACUCGUCUUGGCGGCUCAGGCACAAACUAAAUUUUUUUAUUUUCACUUUUAAUCAAACCUUUUAAUCACCAGUAUUGAUUUUUAUGAAGUUUAAGGAGUCUCUUUUCACUUUUAAGUUACCCUCUCAUUAAUGUCAGCUGCUCUGCUUAAACUCCCUGAUUGGAUUAACUUCUGAAAUGGGACAAAACUAUCGUUGAUGUCUCCUCUCUGAUCCAAUGGGGAUCCUCAGAUGUGGCGUAAUGCUAUGGUGUGACUGUGGGCUGAUAUGCUGUGUAAGAGAGAGCACACUAAAUGGAAGCCUUGUGACCAGCGAAGGGUCGAUCCAGCAGAGAAUGAGCCUUAAAGGCCUCCUCUUGUUUAUAGAGACAAUCAGAGAGAUACCAUGUGCUCUGGAUUCCUGACUAAUACUACUAAUAUCUUUUUACACUGAUUUAUUUUUUGUCCUUAUAAAGCAUACUUUUCUGUUUUUCUCUUUCCAGACUCUUGCCGUCCCAGGUCAGAGCCAAUGUCUUUCUUUGAGGGGAUUAAGCUGGUGAUGGGCCAUGGACCCUACGCCAAACUGGUCAUGGUCUUCCUCUUUACCUCGCUGGCUUUCAUGGUGCGUAUAAAAACACAGCUCCUCUUAUGUUGAAUGCUGGAAGCCUCUCUCUCUCUCACUGGUUAAUGCUCUCAGUCAGAGUGGACUCUGCCAGUGAGUUUGGCUCUCAGUUUGUUUGUGUUUGUUGGGGCUGUAAAGAUUUGACUGAGUGUGUGUCUGUGUUUCUUUCUCCCUGCAGCUCCUGGAGGGAAACUUUGCCCUUUUCUGCAGCUCCACGCUGGGCUUCAGAAACGACUUCCAGAACAUUCUGCUCCUCAUCAUGGUGAGUACACACAUGCACACACAGGUGGCAUUUACCGUCUCACAGCCCGGUAGGUGCGCUGUUCCCAUAGCAGUGACCACUUCUCUCCUGGGCACAAGAAACCCCUAAGCUGCCUAUUUGUGUGGAACAAGUUCAGCCAUUAGCCCCAGAGUGCGAACAAAAGCGUUUGUCCCAGGGCAAACGUAUAAAUUGUCUUCAAUUACAAAGCUGCUCUGUACUUGCCCAGAAAGCAGUGUCUCCUUACUGCACAUUUGUGUGAUGUGUGUCCACUCUUAUUGCUCCGCUUGAAUGCCAGCCCGUUCCCACAGACAGUUGAAGAGCCGCGUUCGAUUAUCCUUCUAUUCAUCUCUUUGACCCCUAGAGAAAAAAAAGGUCCUCAAAUCACAGAGGCACCGCAGACCCCGACAGGUAUUAGAGCUGAUUAAUCUGUAGAUGUGGCUCCUGCAGCCCACACAGCCUGACUGUACAGUGUGAGAGAGUCCAGGUUACAGAGGUUGGAAAGAUUACCCGCUUUGAUCCUUGACUUUAUGGAAAGGAUUAUGGAACCAAGGCCGAAACCUUUUGUUAAAAUACAUUUUUUAGUGAAAUUACUUCCACAGAAACUGCUCCUCAUGAAGUUAGCCAUGAUUCUUGUCCCACUGAGAUGUUGGACAAAAGAGCUGAUCUUUUUAGGAGAUAAGCGGCAGAAAUGGCAAACUUCAAACGCAUAAAGCAAGUGUAAAUAUAGAUAAAAAAACAGCGAAAGGCCAUGCGUGCUCUGUUUUUGCUACAGGAAAUUCCUUUCACCUUUGUUAUGGUACGUGAUUUUCUUGCUAUGAGCCUAUUUUCAAUUGCGGACUAUUUAUAUGAUCAACAUUACACAAAGGUCAGUCGCUUUAACAGUGUUUUAUUAGUCCUAUUACGAAGAUAAGAGAAGAUAAUAGUUUCUAAGCUGUCAUUUAUGCUUUUAUAUCCCAAGACCGAUUGAGUUCAUGGUGCUAAGGUUUGUGCUUUUCAAUGAUAAGUCUUGUUUUGAUGCUUAGAGUGCACACAUUCAGCUGACACAGCUCAUGACAUAAAAUGAAAGUUCACUCACUCAUAAAAGGAAAACCACAAAAACACACAACACAGCUACAGAAAUGACUGCUGAAAUGAUGUGUCGGUGGUUUCGCUCGUUUUAAAAAAGGUGGGAAAAUACUGUUGCACAAGCGCUUUGUGUUAUUGUUAUCUUAUUUAAACACAGAGGGGUCAGGGGCCAAAAGGAUCCAAGCAGGUACCCCUAACCCCCCUGUGGAGUCACAGGAUGACCCUGAUGGAAUCUUUCAUAACACUGAGCUCAGAUUUGUUUUGGGAAGAUCUGCUGAAACUGUAUUGUCUUCCACCCUCGCUGUUGUGUUUGGCUGAUAUGAGAGGUCAAACGAGCAACACCCCUUUUUGUUCUGCAUCACCACGCUUCAUGUUCAUCCAAAGCCGAAUCACUUAGAGAAUGCAUCAAAUCCCAUGCCUUUUUAUUAUUACAUAACAAAACUCAGGGGUCUUUCCUUGCUGCACGGAAAUUGUGUUCGAGGUCUUUUGUGGAAUUUCCUGAAACUGAUUUGAUUUUUGUUUCUGCUCACGUAAAACCCGAGCUCCAACAGCUGGUCUAACUAGACUUUGUUUCUCCCCCCUCAGCUCUCUGCUACUCUGGCAAUCCCCUUCUGGCAGUGGUUUCUGACUCGCUUUGGGAAGAAGACUGCGGUUUACACCGGCACUCUGGUAAGUCCAAAAAUCCACCAAACACCACUUUUAAGUCAUGCUAAGCGUGAAUGAUUGACAGACCUUCAGUGAAUUUAUGUGCUCAAGUGCUCUAAUGCGCUUCUGUUUUUUCUUAGUCUGUGGUUCCCUUCAUGAUCCUGGUGGUGUGCGUCAAGAGUAACCUCAUUGUGACCUACAUCGUCUCUUUUGCUGCUGGGGUUGGAGUGGCUGCAGCCUUCCUGCUUCCCUGGUAAGACCAUUGCCGAUGCUUUUUAAUGUCAUAUUUUGGGUUUAUACUUCAUCACUGCAGCCAAUCAUGACUAAUAUACUAUUUGUUUGUUUUUAAAGGUCUAUGCUGCCUGACGUUGUCGAUGAUUUCCAAGUGCAGAACCCCGACUCCACCGGCCACGAAGCUCUCUUUUACUCCUUCUACGUCUUCUUUACCAAGUUUGCCUCAGGAGUCUCUCUGGGCAUCUCCACCCUGAGUUUAGAGUAAGUAUUGGUUCAAAGACACUGACAAGUAACUUAUAGUGUAAGUGAAAUAGGUUCUGAAGGUGUUGCAUUCGAUUUAUUAAAAAAAAAAAAAAUCAGGCUAAGCCAAAUCUCCCAGAACCUUAAUCCCUCGUGAAAGCGAGGAAUUCCUUCCUCUAUUGUUGGAGUAAGUACAGUAAGGCUGUAGCACAUGCAUGCUCAUGCAUUCUUCACAUGACUGACUUUACGGUACACUGUUGGCCUUUGAUCAGUUAGUUCACUUUACAUUGAGCUCUGAAUGGGCUGACAAAUACAUUACUGCGGUAGAGGUUUGACACAACAUUGCGUUGGAAAUGUAGGGCACUUGUUUCAUUUCCAUAAUUGUGUUGCUUCUUUUACAGUUUUGCAGGCUACAUCAGCAGAGGCUGCACUCAACCACAGGCAGUGGAUGUAACCUUGAAACUCCUGGUGUCUGCCGCCCCCGUUGCUCUUAUCAUAAUCGGCCUGAGUAUUUUGUACUUUUAUCCAAUCGAUGAGGAAAGGAGACAAGGCAACAGAAAACUGCUCCAGGAACAGAGGUAAGGAUGAACGUCUUGGUUUCUUUGUGGUUUUUUUUAUGUCUAUGAAGCAAAUCUCUGACGUUGUUCUUCGUUUUCUUUCACAGGGAAAAUGAGGCAGAUUCAGAGACAGACUCAACAGAACUUGCCAACAUGGUCUAGCACCUUUUUAGAGACUCACCCACCAGUCGAGAGAUCGGCUGGUAUUUUUGCACUUGGCGGGACCAACAGAUCUGGACCUGUCGGAUCAUGUAGACACUGCCUUGUCCAAUCACUCUGCUGCUGUUUCAAGUCCUCGAAUUUGACUUCAAAACAUUUUCUUGGCAUGAAAUUCACUCUCCUUUUUCAGUCAGAUCUCAAAAGCCUUACUUUUUUGUAAAACCUACUACUUUUGGGUACUGCCAGAAAAUGUUUUCUUUAAGGUUGAUGUCAUACUUGGUUGAGAAAUGCACAAAACCAUGAACUGUGACAGGAGCAUGUUUAGUCAGUACUGUCAGUAUUGGUGCUACUUGACGCAUCGAGGCAGUUUCCAUCUUUGUACAUAGAACAUCGUGCAUUUAUGACCAUGAGCACUGCGCUAAGCUCAACUUUACAGUUGUGAGAUGUGAGCAUUGUGUGAAACUUGAACAGUGAUACCGCCUUAAUAUCAUCUCAUUUUGAGAUAAGAAAUUCAAAAGUGACAAACUUGUGCCGGUCACCUGCUCUCAGUGUGUUUGUUGAACAACUUAAGGUGUUUCCUGGAAUUGUACUAUUAGCACAUACAGUUUACAAGAAGCAGUUGGCCAGUAAGUUUCCGUCUCAUUUCUCCUACCCACUGGCCUUUUUUUUUUGUAAUUCUGCAAAGAAACCCAAGCUGAUGUGAUGUUUGAACUUGAGGCCAGAGAGCUGUAGUUUCGCUCUAAAGGGCUCUGUUAACUUCUCCACCAUAGAACUGAAACCACUACAACAAUAUAGGCAGUUUGUACACAUAACUACAAUGCUCAUCCAGCAAUGGCAUUAUUUACAUUAUAUUUUGAACUGACAGCUACUGUAUACAGAAAAUCCUUUCCUCUGCUCUAAAUGCUUUAAUUUCCUUAAUAAUGAGCAAACGGUGACCAUGGCGGGUACUAAUCUAGUUAUGUCAUUAUUUAAAUAUUUAUUAGACUUGAUUUUACUGUUUUUUGAAUUCAUGUUUGCUGGAAUAGUCUUGCUUCUCACCAUAUUUAAACCUAUUUAAGGCCUGUGAGGUCCUAAAUUGGACGUGUCAAAAGGAAAGGAGUAUAAUUUUGAAAUAUUCACACACCUUUAAAUGCAUGUUGCCAUCCUUACUGUCUUUGCUACAUCUGCAUUCAAAAAGGGAAGCACAUAAUUGUGAAGAAAAGAUGAGAGGAAAUCGGGGAAGUGAACUCCUAGCAGUCCCUUUUUUGGGUGUUUUUUUUUUCUUUUGAAUGUUUAUUUUUGUACAUAUAAAUAUGUUUAUUGAAGGAACAACAAAAAUGCUUUUUGAUCAUCUCAAUCCCUGUCAUGAAAGCGUGGAUUGACAUAUUUCAUAUCUAUUGAUAUGGAAAUGUGUAUAUACAGUCAUAUGUUAUACAUACUGUUACAUCUUCAACAUAUUGUUUCUGACAACUGGGUUGCCGAUGUAAAAUUGUUCAUAUUUCCUUUACAUUUUCCUUCCUCAGAGGAUACUUUACAUGUCAACAUGGUGCCAUUUUUCAUCCACUUAGCCUGAAAUAAUUGUACAUCCUGUACAUCUUAUCCUGUUUUGUCUUGUCAGUGUUUGGUCUUUUAUAUAUCUGUCCAAACUUCCCUCAUGACUCUUGAGGCUGUAGCCAAAAGUGUGAGCUUUAACCCCACAGGGACUCUCAGAAGCCUUCUGUACAAGCCUCCUGUGCAUAUGUAUAUUUUGUAAAUACCAUGUACAUAUCUUUGGUAUUUGUGGCUGCAGGUGAAAUGAACUUAUGUACACUGUACUGUAGUUAUUUAAGAAAAACUGUUGAGAUUGUAAAAGGUUGUUAAUAAAUACUAAUAAGUGUCCUGUUAACAA